AUGUCAGGUGCUCCCCGCGUUGAGCUCCCCAACACGGAUACCGAUUUCGACCUCCAGCAAACCCCCAACGGCACCCCAGACUUCCUAUCGGAAAUGGACGGCUCUUCUGCCCCGCAGACCAACGGCAACGCCAACAAGGACCUGCAAAACAGCGCAAUCAAGGCAAAGAACGGAAUUCUAGAGACAGCUUCAAACGCCAUGAACGCCGCAAACAACCACCCCAGCGUCCAGAACGCCAAGCAGACAGUUAUGAACGGUCCCGUUGCACAGAAUGUCAAGGCCGAGGGCGCAAAGACGCGCAACGAGUUUGCUGAUCUCGCCAACUCCAAGACGAUUCCCGAGCACAAGGCAGCGACUGGCCAGAACCUCACUCACUACCACAGCAUGUUCUACCGCCUGUUGAGCUGGAAGAACCCCCGCGCUACCGGAAUAGCGUUCGGUGCGACCGUCCUCUUCAUCUUCGCCGCCCGAUACCUGAACCUGAUCCGCUACAUGUUCAAGAUGUCCUACAUGGUGCUCGGACUUACGGCAGCCGCUGAGGUUGUCGGAAAAAUGGCUCUCGGACGUGGUCUUACUUCGCAGUUCAGGCCUCGCCAGUACUACACCAUUCCCAAGGCUUCGCUCGAGCGCAUGACCGACGACUUCGAGCAGCUCAUCAACUUCUUCGUUAUUGAGUCUCAGCGUAUCAUGUUCGCCGAGAACGUCUACGUCACUGUUGCUAUGUUCUUCGCUUCCUUCAUCUCCUACUUCCUCAUCAAGUUCGUCCCUCUCUGGGGCUUGGCUUUGAUCUCGACAUUCAUUACCUUCCUCGGUCCCCUCAUCUACAUCCAGAACAAGGAGGUCAUUGAUGCUCAGUUGGAGAAGGGUUACAACGUCGCCAACCAACAGGCCCAGCAGGUCAAGGGUCUCGCUAACCAGCACGCUGGAAACGCCAUGAAGACCGUCCAAGGAUACACCCAGCAGGCCACGGCCAAGGCCCAGGAGACCGUCAACCAGUACCGCGGGCGUUCCACUUCCCCAGAGGUCAAGAAGGAGGCUUUCCCUUCUGCCCCAACCCACGCACCCGCUACUGAAGAGUCCUCUGACGAGGAGGUCGAGGAUGAGAAGCCCGUCGCGCAGCCUGCUCUAUAG